AUGAGGCUCGCCCUGUGUGACUGUACUGAGCUUUUAUCUCAGUUCCUUCUCAAUCACCAUCAAACCUUUGAAGAUCUGUCUGGUUACCUCUUUGAGCUGCCCGGACACUCAUCAGUCAACAUGGUGCUCCAUCAAUAUGACUACAUCUUUGCCAUUGGCACUUUGUUUGCCAUGCUAGAUGCCUAUAACAACGGUGCAAAUGAUGUGGCCAACUCCUGGGCUACCAGUGUCUCUUCAAGAUCAAUCUCUUACCGACAAGCCAUGGUUCUCGGGACCGUCUUCGAGAUGCUCGGCGCCAUCACUGUGGGUGCCCGAACUGCGGAUACUAUAAAGAACGGCAUUAUUCCAGUCGCCGCUUUCCAGGGCAACGCCGGUGUCCAGAUGCUUGCAUUCACAUGUGCCCUUGCCGCUGCAUCCUCUUGGGUGAUGUGGUGUACUCGCCACUCUGCCCACGUUUCCUCUACCUAUUCGCUCAUCUCUGCUGUUGCUGGUGUCGGUGUCGCAACAGUAGGCGCAAGCAAAGUCCAAUGGGGAUGGAACGACGGCAAAGGUCUUGGUGCCAUCUUUGCUGGGCUGGGAAUGGCUCCCGCCAUUGCUGGAGGCUUCGGUGCUUCUAUUUUCCUUCUGAUCAAGUUUGUUGUCCACGUCAGGAAGAGUCCUGCCAAGUGGGCUGUAUACACCUCUCCCUUCUUUUUCCUCAUUGCCGGCACAAUCUGCACUCUGUCCAUUGUCUACAAAGGAUCCCCCAACCUGGGCCUGGGCAAGAAGCCAGCAUGGUACAUUGCAGCCGUCACUAUGGGCACUGGUGGAGGAGUUUGCCUUCUGUCUGUCCUGUUCUUUGUCCCUUUCGCGCGCGCCAAGAUUCUGAAGAAGGACUACACUGUCAAGUGGUGGAUGUUCAUCCUCGGCCCUCUCCUUUGGAACCGCCCAGCCCCCGCCGAUGCUGAGUUGGCCGCUGUCCCCGACUACGCCGUUAUUCAAGGAGAAGAGCACGUUCAUGAGUCCAGCCGCUCGUUGCAGACCGAGUCGCUCGAUAGCGAGUCGCCGAAGAAGACUGACGCUGUCCCGGGAGAAAAGAAUCUUUCGGUUGUUGAGGCUAACAAACCCAGCUAUGAAGAGCUUGCACAGGCAAGUGAUGCCAAACUCAAAUCCCGCCUCUACCAAAGCCGAGGACCAAUUGGCUGGGCUAUGCGCACACUUCGCGACAAUCCCAUGGGCCCAGGCCAGAUAUACGAGUGGCACAACGUUAGAAUCUUGGCCAAACGCAUCCCGGCCAUGAUCGUUUCCGGCCUUCUCUAUGGUUUCUACUACGACAUCCAUGCUGCCCAGACUGGUACCGAGGGAACACCCGAUGGUGAUCGCAUGAAACGUGUCUACGCCAAUGCCGAGAAAUACCCCAACGAAGUUGAACACACAUACUCUUUUGUCCAGGUUUUGACAGCAUGCACUGCUUCUUUUGCCCAUGGUGCCAACGAUAUUGGCAACUCUGUCGGGCCUUGGGCCGUCAUCUACUCUGCUUGGAAGACUGGCAACGCUGCUGCGGCAAAAGCGCCUGUUCCCGUUUGGCAAUUAGCCGUGUUGGCUGCGAUGAUAUCGAUUGGUCUCAUCACCUACGGGUACAACAUUAUGAAAGUCAUGGGCAACAAAAUCACCUAUCACUCUCCUUCCAGAGGCGCUUCCAUGGAAAUGGGUGCUGCGAUCACUGUUCUCGUCUUUUCUCAGUACUCUCUGCCUGUCUCUACGUCUAUGUGUAUCACCGGCGCAACAGUCGGUGUUGGUCUCUGCAACGGUACUUUCAAAGCUGUCAACUUCCAGCGAGUUGGGCUCCUGCUGUUUUCUUGGAUCAUGACUAUUCCCGUCGCAGGUACUCUUGGCGGUGUCCUUAUGGGCCUCUUCCUUAAUGCGCCGCACUUUGCACCUUCGUAG